UUUCCAGUCACCAAAGCAAUACUUAAGAUCUGUAGGGGGCAUUUCCACAAAUGUUAUUAUUAGGAAUAAAAACAGAAGAAAAUAAUCUGAUUGGCAAAAGAGCUUCUCUGCGUUUCGUCUAUCUCAGUAGCUGUGAUGUCCAGAAGAAAGAUUCACAAAGAUGAUCUACUUGACCUACCAGAUGGAGACUUCUUUAAAAGAUCCUUGCAACUGUUUCAGCAAUUGGUUGACAAAACAGUGGCUCGGAAAAGGGCGGAAAGAUUAGGUCUGCUUUUAAAGGAUUCUGAAGAAAUGGAUUAUGACAAAUUCUUUGAUGCAGUAAAGAGUCUUUUUGGCCCAGAUGUGAAAGCCCAAGAUGUUAAAACUUUCUAUAGGAAGAUUAGCAACAACCCAGAUGGGCGGACAGAAUGGUGUGAGAUCUUUGGAUACUACAUAGUGGAAGGUGAUAUUCUUGCUGCCCAGCUUGAUGAAGAAAAUAUGGUUUUCCUGGUAUCCAAAAAGCAACGGAUUGCAAAAGCAGGAGUCAAGAGAAGUGAUGUAAUUCGAUGCAUGGUAAAGAUACCUCAACUUGAUUUUUUGCUAACAGCAUCUCAGAAAGGAAUGUUGUCUAUUUUUUCUGGCCAGAUGCGGAUACUAGCAAGCACCAGCAUCCCAGACAGUUCCUGGAUCACUGGAUGUGACUACCUUGGUCAACUGAAACGUGCUGUUGGUGUGACAGAAAGAACUAUCAUCAUAUGGGAUUAUAAAACACAAGGGAGUGCCCUGGAUAACUGCUGUAUAAUCAAACCCAUGGAACAUUGCCUCCUCUCUGUUUCUGCCAUUCCUCGCCCAUCAGAACUUCUAGUGAAGGAUGACAUCUUGCUGGGUGAUGAUGGUGGAUUUGUCACUUUGUUUACACUUACCAGUGACGACUUUGGUCUAAAACAAACUAAAUCUAAAAAGAAGCUGCACAUGUUGAUAGUAGAUUCUAAGAAAUUCAAAAGCAUUAAACGUAAACUGCAUGAUGACUGGGUUCUAAAAGUAAAAUACAUUCAAGCUUUGAAUUGUUUUGGAUCCUGUUCAUUGGAUAACAUUCAUUCGUUGGUUUUGGAUGACCUGAAAAGACUUGAAGACAAUUUACCCGUCAGGGAAUUUUCGGUACCGAGGGGUGUUAACACUUUCACGUAUUGUGUAAAAGCCAAUAUCGUUGUUACGGGAGGAGAAGAUAAAAUUCUUCGUUUAUGGCAUCCAAACAUCAACACCAAACCAGUGGGGAAAUUGAUGGGACAUUUAUUUAGUAUCACAGAGAUUGUCACCAAUGAAAAGGAUCAAUACAUUAUCAGUCUUUCUACUGCAAAGUGCUCACAGCAACCUUGGUUAAAACUGUCCAUAUUUGAAAAAGUCGCUGGCAACCUUUAUCCCAAAGUGAGGACAGAAAGCCAAGUAGAAGAUUCUGAUAUGAAUUUCAUUAUCUGCUUUCUGGAUCUGGGAAAAAAGUGCCAUAAACAGAUUUUCAGAGUGUGGGAUAUCCAGACGCUUUCAUUGAUGCAAGUGUUCCAUGACUCUCAAGGGGCACUCAGAGAGUCACAGAUUUUUGCUAUGGUAUUUGAUAAUAUUCAUGGAACACUUAUUGCAGGAUCGGCAGUCAUCGAUAUUUAUCCUCUCACUCGGAUGAUACAAGACACUAAACAAGUCCCCCAGACCCAUGAAAGGAGUAUCAACGUGCUGGUUUACAAUAAAGUUUUUCACCAAGUUCUAAGUAUCUGUUCUGAGUCUAUUGUAAAGGUCUGGGAAUUGGAAACAGGACAGCUAAUAUACCAGAUUGAAGAUGCUCAUGGGCCAGGGGUUGAAUUGACAUGUGCAGCAGUUGAUAAAAAUGGAUUUCAUCUUGCUACUGGAGCAUGUGAUGGGACUGUGAAACUAUGGGAUUUUGGAAGUGGGCAGAUACUUAAAGUUUUGCCCUUAGGCAAGGAAAUCACGGUCAAUGAACAUUGGCUGAUGCAGAUGGUCUACCUGAAAGCCAGUGAGAGUAAGCAUGUGAUCCUGGUCUUGGAGUACAGUGGGAUGAUCAAAAUUGUUCAGGCUAAUCAAGGUGAAGUUUACAUGUCCAUAACUUGGGAACUUCCUGAAGCUGUGUCAUUUGCUUUACAAGGCUACCCACUCAUCUCCCUAAAACUGUCUCCCAAUGUCAAAAAAAAUAAUGGCUUUUUCCCAGAUGUUCAACUACUGCUUGAUACAGAUCUCACAAACACAAAUGCAGAGCUACCUCCUAGGAUUGAAGUGAAGUGCUUUGAUUUGUUAAAAGUAGAAGGUUACAGUUUGUUAGCUACUGCAAGUGCAAAUGGUUCUAUCAUCAUGUGGGAUUUUGAAACUGCCACAGCCAGACACAUGUUCAAAGUUCGGCUCGCUAUUCACUCAGGUAGAUCUGAAUUACUUAAAAUCAAUGGGUUACUAUUCCUGUAUCGAGGUAUUAUCUCUCAGAGGCAAACAAGUGAAUGUUCCUCCUACUCAGAAGCACAGGGUGAAGAUAUUCCUACACAGGAAGCAGAAGAGAAUGUUUCAAUGUUAAAGCUGAAUAGUGUCAUAAGAGACUCUGCUGGCACAACUCUUUCAGAAACAAAGUUUCCAGAUUCUUCCACAAGCAAAGGAGCAAUACCCAAUCUAUUAUCAGUUGAAAAACAUGAUUAUCAUUCUAUACCCAUACUAGCCUCAGCACAUGAAGAUGGCUACAUUUAUCUAUGGAGCAUUACGGGAGAUCUACUGAAAGAAAUUCUGCCUUACACAAAACAUCCUCCAAUUCCUUUGACGGCACUUUGUGCUGAUGGGGCUGCCAAAAUGCUUUUUGCUGCUAAUAAAGAGGGAAAUGUUAUUCGAUGGAAUAUUGGCUCAUUCCUGGAAGAUCAAAAAGAGCCAAACAGGCAUGUAAAGCAACAAAUUUGUUGGCGGGCUCAUUCAGCUAAAAUAGUCAGCCUGUUUUGUGAUGAUGAAAAAUGCCUAGUGGUGACUGCAUCCACGGAUGGUUCUGUCAGACUUUGGCAUUCAAUUCGUGGAGUCUACUUUGGCUAUUUUGGACAGCGCAGAGUGUUUGAAAUUACUGAAUCUUCCGAUAUAAUUUUGCCCUGUGAUGUAAAUGAAAUUCCAUUCACAAUAAAAGAAGAAUCCAAGUUUAUGGAUAAAAAGCAGAAGUUUGAAUACCCUCUGUUUUUUGACAGGGAAAGAUGGAAGACUAUGACCAAGUCAUCUUUAACCUUGAAAAAGCCUAGCCGACAUGAAGUUGAUCUGGAUUUUAAGUUUUUCAAGUCCCUGGCUUCUCCCAAGGUCAAUAAAACCCCUUUGGAAAGUUUCAAAUCUGUAAACAAAGAAGCUGGUAUUGUAUUUGGAUCUAUACCAAUCUAUAGGGUUGUAACACCUCCAAAGCUGAAAAUAGCUUCUGCUGAUCAAGAUAGUUCUUUUGAAAAUAUGGCCAAGAGAAGUCGACUUAUUCAAAAUUCCUCAUCACAUUUAUCACACUCUCGAAAAGGUGUAAAACUCAGUGAGAUGCCACUGAUGUCUGAUCAUUCCUCCCCAUUGCUCCCAGUACAACUCCGAAAAUUGUGAAGCAGUAAGAAGUGUUGCAAUGAACAAAGGUGAAAAUAAAAAAGACUGGCAACCAAACAUA